AUGGUGCAGCUCGGGGGCGGCCGCCGAGCCCCACCGCCGGCCCCGGCCGCGCCGCCGGCCUUCAGCAUCGACAGCAUCCUGCAGCCCGGCCCCCGCCGCCCCGCCCGGGAGCAGGGCAGAGCCCGCUGCGCGCUGCCGGCGGAGGAGGAGGAGGGGGAGGAAGAAGAAGAGGGGCCUGCGAGGCAAGACCCCAGUAAAGGCUCCAGCAAGUCGGGCAGCGAGCCCCGCCGGCUCCGGGAGGAGGGGACGAGCCGUGGCCUCUGCCCGGAGGCCGAGGGCGGCGGCGGCGGUGCGGGCUCCCCGCUGCCCGCGGAGGGGCUGCGCGACCCCCGGCAGCCGCCGCCGCGGGAGGCCGGGGGCUGCGGCGGGGAGAGCGGCAGGUCGCCGGCGGCGGGCGGCAGGAAGAAGACGCGGACCAUCUUCUCCAAGAGCCAGGUCUUCCAGCUGGAGUCCACCUUCGACGUGAAGCGCUACCUGAGCAGCGCCGAGCGGGCCGGGCUGGCCGCCGCGCUGCACCUCACCGAGACCCAGGUGAAGAUCUGGUUCCAGAACCGCCGCAACAAGCUCAAGAGACAGAUGUCGGCCGAGCCCGAGGGCCCGGGGCCGGGGCCGGCGGAGCCCGUCGGGGAGCCACUGCCGCCCGUCGCCGCCGCGGCGGCAGGUCUCUCCUUCCCGGCCCUUUACAAGGACAGCACCCUGCUCAGGCGCUGCUUGCUGCCGCUGCCCUUCCCCCUGCUCUACCCGGGCAGCGCCAUCCCCUACCUCUGCCUCCCCGGGCCGGGCAAACACUUCAGCCUGGUGGACGGGGACGUAUAG